AACUGUCAAAAAUAAUUGUUUUUGUGAAAUAAUCACAAAUGAAUUUUAAAUUAAUAAAAUAAAUGAUUUAAUUAGAAUUUAAUUUCAAUACAAACAGAACAGCGCCUCUCGGUAAAAAGUAAACUUAAAAUUGCUUAGCUUCGUAUAUUUAAUUUAAGUAAUCGUGCAGGGUGCAGACAUUGUCUUGAUUGUAUGCUAAAUGGCUGGCACAAUCGCGAGUUGUUGCACAUAGUGAAAAAUCUAAUGAGGUAUCAAUGCGCUCAUCAGUGAGCUACAUACUGUCUCACGCGCCCGGAGAGUCUGUGAUGUCGCACCCGGACUACGCGCAGCACGCUCAGCACCAUGCCUGCCUGCUGGUGCUUGUGAAGGGAAUUGGGGGCGUGCUGAAGAACUUCAACAAGCUUUGGGAGCGGAUACAGCGCGUCAACAAUAUUAAGGUCACUGACUCUACAGGCCAAGUAAGAGACAUCUGGGUAAGGUAUGUUAGAGAUUACCCUGUUGAAAAUAAUGAUUGGGGUGACUUCCAAACUCACAGGAGAUUACUAGGUCUCAUUACACUCAGUAAGUUUGCUAAUCAAAUUGAACUAAAUGAAGUAUGCAGAGUCCAUGAGUCUCUUAAAGUGAAGUACACCAAUACUCUGUAUGACUCUCGAGCCUUCAUGUUUGGUCCAGGCAGCAACAUUAAGAAACCAGAGCAAGAACCUGAAACUUAUAGUGUGUUUGAAGAUGAUAAAUCAAAGGAAAAAACUAGUUUAAGUGACAAGAUAUCUCUUCCUAGUGAGCAUGCAGAUAGUCUUUCUUCAUGUGAAAGUUUCCCACAAUCUUCUUCCUCUACUGCUUCAUAUUCAGUGCAAGAGGAGAAUUUCACAACUCCAUCUAAUUUCAAAACCCAUGCUUUAUUCUAUGGGGAAAAUGAUCCAGUGCCAGAUCUGGAACAGCAUGUUUCAGAGCUAAUAAACUCGUUAUUUUGGGUAGUGGAGUCCAAAAGAUUAGAGAGAUCAAGAGAAAAAUUAGAGAAAGUUUCAUUACUGCUUGCACCAUUUGAGAAAAGAGAUUUUGUUGGUCUCGACAUGGAGUCUCGCAAUAAUAAAAAACGCUGCAUGGGUCGUGUAACUAAAAAUCUGGCUGAUUUGACCUUACAGGCUGGCCUAAUAGCAGAAGCCCUUAGUUUAUACCAUUCCGCUGCAGAAACACUCAAAUCUGUUACUGAUUGGCUUUGGUUAGCUGCAGCUAAAGAAGGUCAUUGUGCAACUUCUGCAAUUCUACAAUAUCCUAAUCUAAGGAAUCCAAUGCCUUUACAGCGCAAUGCGAGCCUACAAGAGAGCUCUCCUAAUAAAACAAAACCUCUAUCCUUGUAUCAACCGAGCACUGACCCUUUCCGAAAGUUUAAACAACAUUCAUCUCCUCUCAGAUCAUCCAAAACUUCCAGUCCAAUUAAUCCACCCAGUGAAUUAACCCCUUCGUCCUCUGAAAGUGUAGAAACAUCUUCAAGGCAAUCAGAAACUGAUAACGCUGAUUCAGAAUCUUUGGCAUCGUCAAGCGACGUAGAUUAUAACAGUCAAAAAUCCUAUCUGAGUCCUGAUCUUCCGUCUAUACCAAGACAGCCUCCAUCCCAAAUCAAUAACCAGUAUUUGCUAAAUAGCGAGGAAAUUGCUGAAAAGUACCGGAAAGCAAUUAUACACUACAGUAAAUAUCAGAACGCGGGCAUUAUUGAAACGGAGGCGUGUUUCAAGGCCGCCAGGAUUGCAGUCGAACAAAAUAACAGCUUGCAUGCGUCGAGUUUCCUGCAGAAUGUUAUAUUUAUUAAUCUAACUUUAAGUGAACAAGAAAAAAUACAGAGAUUUGACACCCUUGCUGAACUUUAUAAGGAGAUUGGUUUCCUACGCAAAGCGGCGUUUUGCCAACGGCUUGCGGCUACGCGGCAAGUGAGCGCAAACAACCCAAACCCCGACUGGCAAAGAUGCUACUACCUCAUGUUACACAGCUUCCCCGGACAUAAGCUCAGCCUUGACCCAAACUAUGUCAUACAGCAUCAAGUUGGUUGGCCUCGUCUUCAAAUCCAACUUUUGCACGAGUUGGUUGUGGCUGCACGUAGGAUGGGUCACCCAGCGCUUGCCACGCGCCACAUGACAUUCCUCUUGCAGACCAUGUGGCCACAUCUGUCCCGGCAGGACCAUAGAGAUAUGGCCAUACAGUUGCAGGCACUAUCAGCUCAAUGUGAAGGUGGUCCAGUACCAUUGGUAUUGGAAACGGGAGAAGUAAUUCCACCGGCAAACCUAACCCAUGUACCCAGCUGUUCCUACUUCAACCCACGCCCCUUACCGCCGGCAAGGACACCACAUUUAAUCAAAUGCAAGGCCAACCAGGGGCCUUUUAUAUUCACUCCUAUACAUUUCGGCAGUCUAGAGAGGAAAACUAAAAAGGAUGAAGGAAAAAUGGAAUAUCUUUGGGUGGAAGAUGAUAUAUGCGAAGUCCAAAUGAAAUUAACAAACCUACUUCCCUUUGAACUUAAAGUGUCUAACAUGCGCCUUUUGACUUCUGGUGUAGUCUUUGAAUCGAUUCCAGAGACAAUCAUCCUUCCUCCAGAUUCCCCGAUCACAGUAAACCUUCAUGGAACUCCAAAAGAAGUUGGAGAUCUUCAAAUUUUGGGGUAUUCCACACAUACUUUAGGUGUCAAAUCGAACUGUAGGUUAAAAAAUAUGCCGAUGCCUAAUAAAUUCCCAGCUUCGUUCUCUAUCGAAGUUAUUCCCAGCCUCCCAACUAUUACUAUUGAGACAACCUUAUCCCUUUCUGGUAACAUCAACCUGUCUAAUCCAGAAAUAUCCGGAAGUAUUACUAACAUUUCCCUCUAUAAUGGGGAGAGUACAGAGUGCACUAUAAAGAUCACCAACACGAGUAACGUUCCGAUAGAAUAUCUUGAAUUAUCUAUACAGUCAAAUAUGGACAGCCAACUGCAGACUAAAGUAUUUCAAUGGUCCAAUGAGGAAAUCCAAUCUCAGUUGCCAAUAAAUCCGAAUGAUGUUGCAACUAUAGUGAUGAAGUUAUACGGCGAGGCAGAUUUCCUAGACCUGGGCGGUGUGGGAGAGAACAUAUUCCCUAAUAGCUUGACAUCUAACUACCCUUCCCGAGUGGGGUCGCCUGUACCAAACGCGCAAACCUCAUUGCCAACGCAGAGCUCUAACCCCCAAAACUCGUUAAGCAGUGGACUUAUUGUUAAUAGAACGUCUGGAAGUUUCAGGUCAACCAAUUCUCAAGCCACAAGUUGGUCAGCGCCUCUCUCAAUAAUGCCACCUUCUCGAGGACGACAAAUCGAAGCACAGCUGUUAAUAAGGUACUCGGGUGGUAUGGGUAGAGACAUGCACUGUCGGCAGUCGACGCUUCAAAUGAACCUCGAGCUGUUGCCGAGUGUGUCCAUCACUCACUGGGACGUUCUGCCGGCUGAAAUUCCCAGCCAACUGUACCUAGUGUUGGACAUCACAAAUCUCACAAACGAGGAGAUUGACUUCCACUAUGCGUCGAGCAAACACAUUCUGAUAGAGAGCAAGGAGUCGUGCCGGGUGCCUGUACCGCUUGACAGAUGCCCUUUCACUGCUGCGCCUAUUAAAAUAGAGGAUGAUACAUUAGAACCAAAGUCCAUAAGCACCGGCACAUCAACCAACAGUCUUGAGCUGAUGUGCUCGGAGCACCUCACGAAGAAUGUGGACUUGCGAUGGCACCUACUGCAGUCAAACAUCACGGGCAAGGCCUCAGUCAAGGGCAUCACGCUGUCGCAAACCAUGAUGGAUAUUGUAAGAAUGUCGCCAUUGAAUUGGGAAGUGAGUGUAAACAAGCAAUGCAUCAAGCCUCAAGAGGAGUACAGCUGUACGGCCGGCGAGUGCCUGUCGCUGGGAGUCGCGGUGCGGAACCACCUCGACCGGCCGCUGCACAAGCUGUGCCUCUCCGUGCAGUUCUACCAGGACUACAACAAUGGCGUGCUCAACUACAAACUCGACAACCGUGUUGCUACUGCUGGGAACAACAAAAUCGUGCUGGCAACACUACUAGAAUCGGCAAAAGCAUUUCAUGAAUGCACCGUUGUGUUUUUGACCCCCGGCGAAUAUAAAAUAGACAUCCAGUGCUCAACAACAGAACCGAUAUUAGACGAAGCACCAAUUAUCAGGGAUAAGCAACCUAUCGGACAAACAUGUUCAGGCGAAAUUAGCCAUAUUUGGAGAUUCAUCCCUCCAGUGGCAAUAAGCGUUACAGAUUAAAAAUGUGUAUUCUGUAGACUGAUUAAUUUUAUUUAUUCCUCGUAAUAAGUAUGUAAUUUAAUUUCAUACAUGUUGUGUUAUUGUAUUAAAAUGCAAGAUAUAAAUUAAUAUAUGACA